UUUUGGUAAUUACAUUUACAUAUCCAAAGUUGCGUCUGUGCUCCAACACUUGAGACCGCAUUUCCAGCCUGCCAAAGCAAUGGAAGAGGAGAGCCAAAUAAUAAAGGGAAAAUAUGCUGCUGAUAUUUCAUCUAUAAAGGAAGCACAUGACAGAAUAAAAUCAUUGAUUCUUAAAACUCCAGUUCUCUCUUCCGCCUCUCUCGAUGCCAUGUCAGGAAGGCAACUGCACUUCAAGUGUGAAAAUUUCCAAAAGGGUGGAGCUUUUAAAUUUAGAGGUGCCAGCAAUGCUGUUUUUUCUCUUAAUGAUGAAGAGGCUUCUAAAGGGGUUAUAACACACAGCAGUGGAAACCAUGCUGCUGCAUUGGCUUUGGCAGCAAAACUACGGGGGAUCCCUGCAUACAUUGUUAUUCCAAAAAAUGCACCAACAUGCAAAGUUGAGAAUGUAAAGCGGUAUGGUGGUCAGGUUAUCUGGUCUGAGGCCAAUAUGCGAUCAAGGGAAGAAGUUGCGAAUAAAGUAUGGCAAGAAACUGGUGCUAUCUUUAUACAUCCGUAUAAUGAUGGACGCAUACUAAGUGGCCAGGGUACCAUAUCCUUGGAGUUUCUGGAACAAGCCCCUCAAAUAGAUACACUUGUGGUGCCGAUAAGUGGUUUGUUCACUUUCUUAUGUCAAUCCAUCAGCCAAAAAUGUUUCAAAAUUUGCUUUGCUUUUGGUAUCCCUUUGUUGAUUUUCCAACAAAUGAAAACUGCAGGUGGCGGUUUGAUAUCAGGAGUAGCAUUGGCUGCCAAGUCCAUCAAUCCGGCUAUUCGUAUUUUGGCUGCCGAACCUAAAGGAGCUGAUGAUGCAGCGCAAUCUAAAGCGGCUGGGAGGAUAAUAACAUUGCCUGAGACCAAUACUAUUGCCGACGGGCUUCGAGCAUUCCUUGGAGAUUUCACAUGGCCUGUCGUACGAGAUCUUGUUGAGGACAUAAUAACUGUGGAGGACAGUGAAAUUAUUAAAGCCAUGAAACUGUGUUUUGAAAUUCUUAAGAUUGUGGUAGAACCAAGUGGAGCAAUUGGUCUUGCUGCUGUUCUAUCCGAAACUUUUCAGAAAAAUCCUGCUUGGAAGGAUUGCAAACAUAUAGGGAUAGUAGUUUCGGGAGGCAAUGUUGAUAUGGCUGUGCUUUGGGAUUCUUUGAAAAAAUGAAAAUGACUUUUCAUUAUGCUUAUAUAAUUUUUCAUUGGUCUUGAUGAAUGUUAUUUAUUCUAUUACUGAUCUAAUGAUUUUGUUUGAAUAAGUUUAUAUCAAUGCUACUAGUGAACUUUCUGAUUAAAA